UCAGUGGAUUCAGAACGAGGCUCGACUUCAAAACACCAAAACGGUGUUUGAGUUGUUUGUAUGUUUCUUUUAUCUGCGAUUACCACAAAAUAUCAGCCAUUUAUUUCAACUAUUGACGUUUUAUUCACGGAAUCCAGGGCUUGAAUGUCUUGUAGGAAGAACGGAUUACUCACUUAAUGGGUAAAUACUAAACCAAGCUUUGAGAAAUCUUCCAAUACAUAUAUUUACUUAUGGUUACGACUGAUCUGUUGGACAUAAUGGAGAGGGGACACGCCUUGAAAGAUGCAAUUUUGGAUGGGGAUAUAAGCAAAGUGAAAGAGCUAUUGGAUCUUAAAACCUACGAUACAAACGAACAGACUAAUUCCGGUAAAACGGCCCUGCAUCUUGCAGCCAUACGUGGGUAUUCUGAAAUAAUCGAACUUCUUCUCAACCAUGGUGCCAAUCCGAAUAUAAAGGACCGUAAUGGGAAUACUCCGUUGCAUUGGUGUGGUCACAUAGAAAGCACCGAUUUAUUGGUGAGCCACGGCGCAUCUUUAUCUAUCAGGAAUAAAAUGCACAAGACACCAAUUCAGUUAGCUGAACGGCGUGGCGUACCAAUUGAGGUUUUAAACCACAUGAUCAAACUGUGGAAAUUACAAGAGAAUGAUGACACCGUGUCAGUUGACUCAGAGAAGGGUUACUAUGGGCAAAGCCUGUUUAUGGAUUUCUGCAAUGGUGUUGGGGUGAAAGUGUUCUCCCUUGUUGUAUUGAUUCUCCUUGUCUGUUCCUUGUAUAUCGCAUACUCCGUUACAGGUCUAGCUCACCAUGAGAAGCGUAUCCUUAUUGACUCAACAAGUAGUCGAGUUGAACUUUAGUAAUGUUACAUGUAUACAUAUAGCACAUAUGUCAAUACAUACAUAUAUGUCUAUGCAUACAUACAUAUAUAUAUAUAUAUAUAUAUAUAUAUAUAUAUAUAUAUAUAUAUAUAUAUAUAUAUAC